AUGAAACAUAAUAGGCGGAUUAACAAUAUUUUGAUCGGGGACACAUUGGGAUUUUUUCAUUUUGGCUGCGACUCGGACCACCUUGGACAGCAACUACAAAGCGUAUGGCCAGCUACCACUCCAUUCUUGAACACCAAUGCCACUGUCUAUCACCGUAUGGUAUGCACCGGUGGUCCCGUACAACAGCUCCUAUUGAACGCCACGUUUGAAACUGCAUUCUCGUGCAACGGAUACGACACAUGGGUAGCACCGGCCACAUACAUGGCCACUGUUAAUGGCUGGACACAGGAAAUGGAUAUUGCCAACAUUUCGCAGUAUUAUUCCUAUCUCAAUGGAAAUAUGUACGAGUACAAUUUCGGUCAGAUAACUGCCGGCCCCUGCACUGGUGACACCUUUUUCUCGGUGAACGCCUAUGUGGCGGACGACCAGUUAGGCUGCAGUGGGAACGGCUUGAGGUCGGUGUCCGUCGACUACACCAACGCCCAGAUAUCGGGACAAAAAUGCAAUCAAAAAUGUACUGUCGAUAAGAGAUACCACUCGUACUUCUCGUUUAACCCGGCUAUUAAAAAUUAA